AUGCUUUUCAUUGUAGGUGUGCCGCGUAAAACUACACACAAGAAAUCGAGAAAAGAUAAACUUGAGAGAACUGACGAAAAGGAGGCCAUUAUACCUAAAGUGAGGCAGGGAGAACAGUUAGACAAACAUCGGACGAAUAUUCGAGAAAUAAUCCAAUGGUCGAACGCAACGCCUAUACGUUGCCGAGGAGGGAUAGGCUAUGCUUGUUGCUUCUGUUCUGACCAAUACCCCGACGCCGCAGACUUGAAGAAACACACCAUAGAACAGCACGAUGACGAAACUAAAGCAACAUUCAUGAAAGGAAAAGACAUGUACGGGUAUCUAGUUAAAGUGGACAUCACGGGUUUAAAAUGCAAGCUAUGCGGUCUAGACAUCGAGACGCUAGAACAAAUCAUGGACCAUCUCAAAGAUGUACACGAUAGAAGCAUAAGCACAGAUAUACCGAACCAUAUAUUGCCCUUCAAGUUUGAUACAGAAACGCUCAGAUGUUUCAUGUGCCAGAAUGUCUUCAACAGAUUCAAAGCGUUACAAGAACAUAUGCACACACACUAUAGGAAUUACCUGUGCGAAGUAUGUGAUGCGGGUUUCGUGAACCGCCAUCUGUUAUUGUGUCACAAUGAAGGUCACAAAAUCGGGGUUUUCGCUUGCGAUCAAUGCACGGAAAUUUUCGAUACGUUGCGGAAGAAGAAACUGCAUCAGCGGAAAAUUCAUGAUGGUUUAAACAAACCCCAUAAGUGUGGGUACUGCGAUGAGCGGUUUAAAGAGAAUUGCCAUAAAAUUGAACACCUUGCGAAAGUCCAUGGCGUCGUUGGACCGUUGAUAAAAUGCCAGGCUUGUGAUAGAACGUUUGCAACUCAACAGACAUGGUUGCUUCACACAAAGAAGUACCAUUUAAUGCAACGACAGCAUAAGUGCACUAGAUGCGAAAUGGAUUUCUUCUCGAAGCGAGAAUUAACUGAUCAUAUGGUAAAACACACAGGAACUAGGGAGUACAGGUGUGAGAUGUGCUUUAAGUCAUAUGGGAGAUUGAAGACUUUGAAGGAGCAUAUAAGAAGACUCCAUCCUGAAGAGAGGAGAUUCAAGUGCGUGGACUGUGGCCAAUCAUUUGACAAACACUUGGCGCUAAAGUGUCACAUAAGCGCUAAACAUGUUGAUAACGUUCAAAAUGCUAGAUAA